AUGAAACCCGUGGUGCAUUAUGGGCUUGAUUCAAAUCUGGCUUCCAAGAUCAGCAUGCAGGAGACAACUUGCAACUUCCCCGAACACAAACAGCCCCUUCUAGACUGUUUACUUGAUGGUACACUGAAGUUGAAUGGCAGCAAUAUCGUUGAUACGAAAGACCUGGAAACGCUUCUGGGUGGCCAAGCUCGAAAUGAAGACAACUACUUAAAUAACUUUGUAAUUGACACCUAUUUGAAUCUGCUGAUUAAGAACAUUCCAACAAAGAGCAAGGUUGAAAGUCUUGAAUGGGAAAAAUUCGAGAAAGGCAUUGGAGGAAGCAAGCCUGUAAAAAAGGCACUAAAGGGUAAAGCUUCAAUAUUGGCACAAGAUGUUUUUCUCGUACCGUGCAAUCCAGGCCAAAGUAAGCAUUGGUUUCUCCUUGUUGUGCUACCUCUGGAAAAGAAAAUUGUAGCUUUGGAUAGCUUGGCUGGGGCCUUUAUUAAGCCAACCGUUUCAAGCGCGAUCAGAAAGAUGUGGGAUCUUUUGAAGCAGUUGGAUGCAGCCCUUGAUCUGACUCAGUGGUCUUUUUCCUGUAAUUCUCCACAGGAUAUUCCACAGCAGCAGAAUGGUUUUGACUGUGGGGUAUUUAUCUGCUUGUAUGCAAGAAGUUUGCUGCUACAAUCGCCAGUUGUAUCCAGCAGUAGCAUUCAGAACUUCAGGAAACACAUGAUUCUUGAGCUGCACGAGAAAGAGGUUCUUUGCUUUGAUGGGCCUGCCAUAACUGAAGGACAAUACUAUGCCGUUGAGUAUCAGAAGUCAUUCUAUUUUGGCAGAGCGUUGAACAGUAGCCAAGACGACUCGCAAAUUGAAUUCAAAUUUCUGCACUCAACCGGGGCGAGAGUCUUUGACUGGCCGGUGCGUGAUGACAUCGAGACAUGUCACAUGUCGUGUGUGUUCUAUGGACCCAUCACUAUUGUUGGCGUCAGCCCAUUUGUGCUCCCGCAG